GUUCUUCUAUUUUACUGAAAAUUCAGAACGUACUACUUCAGUAUGAGCAGGUAAUAAAACAUGAAAAAAAUAAGUAUAGAGCUGUCUGGCGAGAAGUAAGGAAACUGGAAAGUGAAAAGAAUGAGUCAAAAUUAAUAGCAGAGGAGACUCAAGAUUUGAAAUCCAUAUUGGCUCACCAAGAAGUGGAAUGGAAAAGUGACAUCCAAAGCCUUAAAUGUGCUUUGAAACAAGAGGAGGAAAAGAUGCUCAGAAUAGAGACAUUAUAUGAGAAAACAAGAGAAGAACUCAGAAGGAAAGAAGAUCAAUAUUGUAAAGAGAUGGAGGAAAAACAGCAAUUUGAAUUACACUCGAAGAAUUUAGAAAUGGAGUUAAUAACGCUGAGAAAGCUCUUGAGACAGGUUGAAGAAGAGCGUGAUGAAACACAGAGGCAUCUCUCUCAGGAAAAGAGUGCCAGAGCCCUGCAAGAAGGAAUUUUGAACAACCACCUUUGGAGGCAGAAGGAACUAGAAGAAGAAACAAGACGAACUAUAGAAAAAAAUUCAGAGGAAUCUGACACUGAGAGAGAAAAGGAUCUGUUGUACAAAAAUCAGUUGCUACAAGAUGAGAUUGGUAUGCUAAGACUAGAACUUGAUCAAGUAAGACUUAGGCACCAGGAGGAAGAAGGAAAGUAUUUAGAGGAAAAUGAAGCCUUGAAAGAAAAAAAUGAAGAUCUCAAAAAGGAACUUAAACUAAAUGAAGAAGCCUUAACACAAACAGUUUUUCAGUACAAUGGACAGCUGAACUUAUUAAAGACAGAAUCUGCAGUGCUAACUUCCAAACUUGAGCAGACAAAAGAAAGCAAAGACAGACUAGAGACAGAAAUUGAAUCAUUCCGUUCCCGCCUUACCACUGCUGCUCAAGAACUUGAGCGUCAUCAGUCAUCAAAAUGUGAUGUUGAACGAACAUUUCAGAGAGAACGUGAUGAGUGGCUUCGCUUGCAAGACAAGCUCCAUCAUGACCUCUCUGAUGUGCGAGAAACCAAUAAGAGCUUGUCUCAGCAGCUAAGUAAAACUGAAAGUAACGCUAAUAGUCUAGAAAAUGAGCUUCACCAGUUGAAACAAACACUCAGAGAAAAAGCACUGCUUUUGGAAAUGACACAGAAAGAGUUAAGUCAAGCCCAGUGUCAGGCAAAGGAAUGCGACCAUGCUCGACAACUUGAAAAAGAUCAAGUAAGCAAAUUUAUAAUAAAGCAGGAAUCCAUGCAGGAGCGAUUGGUCCAGCUUCAGAGUGAAAACCUUUUACUCCGUCAGCAACUGGAAGAUAUGCAGAACAAGGGGAUCAUCAAAGAAAAAAUAGUGAAUGAUGUGCAGGACCGGUUUAAUGAUAUUUUCAGUAAACUCAGAGCUGAUACUGAAAAGCAAGUUUACCUAGUGGAAGAGAGAAACAAGGAAUUAAAUGCCAAGUGUACUGAUUUAAGAGAACAAGUCUUUAAAUACGAGACUGAGAAAGUAGAAAGAGAGGGAGUGGUCAGACAGCUGCAGCAGGAGCUUGCCGAUGCUCUUAAAAAGCAAUCUAUGUCAGAAGCUUCGCUUGAAGUUACUACACGCUACCGCUGUGACCUGGAGGAGGACAAGCUGCGCUUGCAAAAGGAAUUGGAAAAGGUUAACACCAAGAUCCGGGAGCUGGAAGAACAGCAACUUCAGUCUGAGCGUUGUGUCCAUGACUUGAAGGCUGUCUUGGAUAAUAAGGAAAGAGAAGUAGCAGCUUCUUCCCAGAAACUGCAGGACCUCCUAUUGGCAUCUUCUGGGACUAAUGCUACUAUCAAACAACUGGAAGAACACGUGCAACGCCUUGAAAUUGAAAACGCCAAAUUGGAAGCCACAGUCCAGCAACAAAGAAGUAGGACCGAAGCCCUUCAGAGGGACCUGCAAGCCUCUGCCUCAGUUCAUAACCUUCUAGAAGACUUGUUAACUAGCUUACGGACAACACAGGCAGCUGCAGAGGACCACCACCAGCAGACACAAAAGCAGAAUGUGCUGGGUCUGACAUCAGAUGACUUGCACAGCAUGUGGGAAGAGCAAUUGAAGUCAAGAUCACACCUUGAAGAGCGUGUUGCUCAGCUUGACAGGGAAAAGGCUGAACUCCUGGAGCAGUGUGAGAAUGAAAGAAAGAAAGUGAAGAAGCUGCUAGAGUUGAAACGCCCAGUUGAGCUACGUCUGGAUCAAGAAAUGAAAAGAAACAUUGAACUGCAGAAAGACUGUAAGAGAUUGAAGAGGCUUCUGAGCAGAGCUAUGAAGAAAGUAAGAGUAUAUGAGGAGAGAGAGAUGGAGUUCCAGCUUAAUUUGCAGGGAGAAGUGAAGAACAGGUAUUCUGAAAUGGUCAAUGAACUUGGUAGAUUAAGAACAAAGGUUGGUGACCUUUCCCAGCAGCUGGAGAAAGAGUCUAAGAAAUGCAUACAGCUACAAGCACAAAAUCACAAUUUGCAAGAAGAUUUGUCCACAAUGCGUGAGAACCAUGAAAAACUGGAGAAGAGCAAAUGCCAGCUGAAAGAAGAGGUGGCUAACCUCAAACAUCAUUUGGAGACUAACAUGGUGGAUCGCAGCCAGCUAGAGCAGUACAAAAGAGAGAUAGAGGAACGAGCUGCACAUGAAAUAAGACAAAAGCUAGAAGAAGUCAAUCUGUUUUUGCAGGCACAGGCAGCUUCCCAGGACAGAUUAGAACAAAUCAGAACCAGUCAUCAUGCUUCUCUGAGAAACCAGCUAAAGCAUAGAAUAAGAGAUCUUGAAUGUGAAUUGGACAGGAUAAAAAGUACCCAACAAGACAGUAUUUUUCAACAAGAAUCCACUCAUGUGGAAGUGGAAAGGUACAAAGAGCUGUAUCUGGAGGAAGUAAAAAUUAGAAGACGCCUAGGAAGUAAACUGGAAAGAGCUAAUGAGAGACUAGCAGAAGCCAACGCUAAGCUCCUUCAGGAGCGCCGUAGGAACAAAUCUUUAUUCACAAGCAGCAUUGUCAGCGGAGGUCUGGCUGAAAGUCCAGUCCACUAUUCAGCUGAACUGGGACAUAUUGGCAACAAUUUGACACUGAACAGAAGUCUAAGUCUAGGAGGAAGCUUCCUAAGUCCAACCUGGAACGCACUGUCAUCAAGAAACAGGGUUGAAUCCUAUGUGGCUAAGGUACGGCAGGAACUGGAUGAAAAAAUCACUAAAGAACUUGAACAGGCCACUGCUGAACUUGAAACUGGAUCUGCUGGAGCUUCUCCCAUGAUAUCUACUGAUGGAUCUUCAAAAAAUGUCCAUGUUGUUGACCAGGAUCCCCUUUGCAGGGCAAUACAGGAGUACCGUGAUGUUUUAACCAAAAAUUACCUAAUUUGA